AUGACGCCUGCAUUUGGCUUCUCUGUUGGGGAUUUUAUCCAAGCAAUUACCUUAAUAAAGAAGGUCUGCGUAUCCCUACGGCAGGUGGGAGGUGCAUCCACGGAGUACCAACAUGUCAUCAUUGAGCUCCAAGGACUUGGGAAUGCACUUCAGCAGCUGCAGGCUUUAGAGCCAACUGACGACAAUUUCGCACAUGUGAACGCAAUACGGGCCAUGGCACUUGCUUGUCAAUUGCCGUUACGAGAAUUCAUGACGAAGCUCGAAAAGUACGAGUCUGCGCUGGGCCCUUUUGCCGAACGAAGCUCCUUGAGCGGCGGCGCUCGUAAAGCCAAGUGGGCUGUCUCGUUCGCAAAAGAGGUGGAGCGGCUGCGGGUUCUUGUUGCAGCCAAAUGUAUCAGCAUCAACAUGUUGCUUGCUUCACACACCUCGCAAACAAUUUCACAAUUGAGUUCAAGAUCCAAGAAAGAGCAUGAAGACCUCAUGACUGAUGUCACUGAUACCCGGGCUGGAGUCAACCGACUUUCCGAGGAACUGGGGCACCUUAGCAACGAUCUGCUAAAAGCAGACACAGCUGGGCGCGAGAAAUUGGAAGCUGUUUUUGCCAAGGCUGAUGCCACACAAGCCUCAAUCGCAAGACUGCGAAGUCUCGGAGAACAAGUGAUGGGCUAUGUAGGGCAGUUUCCCAAGGAAAUACGAGAAUUCUUGCGAACAAUCUUACAGUCAAAUUGGCAAAUAUAUAGAGUUCUUCUUCAAGUCCAACAAAACAUAUCACAUAGCCCAACAGGCCUGCUCGACUCUAAUAUCAAGUUUGAAGAUGCCCUGGGGGAAUACAAGGAAUUGCCAUAUGAAUAUUUUCGUCAUUGGGAGCCUUUCGAAGGGUUUCUUCGUGCUCAAUUCAAAAGCAAGCCUGGAGAAGAAAAGAUCUUGAAUGGCUUUUUCCACAUCAUAGAUCCUGAAAAGCAUGGCGCCAUUGUGAAGAAAGAGCAUUGGAGUCGCACUGUCAAGCGGGGAGCAAGUUUCGGCAUGUCCAUUAUCAUUUCUCACCUUCAGAGACAAGCUGGCUGCUGUCCUCGACCCGGCUGUUUGGGUCUCGGAUCGGUCGAAGAACCUCCGUUGAGCUUCCAGACCUGCGAUACUUGCCACCUUACUUUCUACCCGGUCUCAUCGCACCUGACAGACAACUUCAACCGCGUGACAGUUCUUGACGACGAUGAAAAUGUCCAGGCGAAGCAAACGGAGGAAGAUCUGCGGCUUUACGGUAGCAGAAUCGAGCCCCCAGAGGUUCGUAUUGUUGAUAAAGGCACGAAGCGAAGUGCUUCGGAGUUCGAAACCCUAACUGGUCGAUCAGCCAAGGCAAGUAGGACUGAGGGAAGCAACGACAUUAGUCAUCAAGUCAUCACCGCGAUGGACUGGAACAGCGGUGCGUCUCCACUUGAUGCAUGGCUCAAUCAAAGUGCAGUACCUUCAGCCGACUCUCAGCAGCUUCAACAACAGCAGCUAUGUAAGGCAAGCUCUACUGCUAGAGAACUUGAUGAAAUCAAAGCCUUCCGCAACGUACAUAUAACGGAUGUUCCACAGCCGGUCAAACGUAGAACAUUUUUAAACCUUCCUGAUGAGGUCCUACGGCUUGGACUUCAGGCUCAGAUCUACUAUCGGAACAUUUUGGAUAGAUAUCCUCAACUGCCUACUUAUUUGGUCUGCCGUCUGGCUGUUGCCAACCAUUGUCGCGCCGAACGGCUGAGGCAUCCAAAGAUUCACACAGACGAAUCUGCUGAUCACAAUCAAAAUUUGAAUUUAAUCUCAGAUGGCAGAGAACAAGAGGCCACCAGCAACUCCAAGAACAGUCACAAGCACAGAAAAGAAAGCCCGGCAGGUCGUGCUACUGCAUUCCGACAGAUACCACAACGUUCAACGAAAGCUCAACACAGUUCAUAUAUCGCGUUCGGUGAAGGGGGAAAAUACCAAUGUGCCCAUCUGGCGCGCGGAUCCAAGUCAGCAGGGAUCUGGAGCGCUGAUACCGGUUCGAUGGAUGAGGAGGAGGAGGAGGAGGAACGUAUUGCACCAAAGGGCAAGUCUUCCGGCAGAACCGCUCAAUUGAUCAGAAAUGUAAAGAUCGCGCAUCUACGAGUUGGCUUUCUGUGCGAAAGAUAG